UCAGAACAAAGAUAGAGGCGUUGGAGCUGCGAGACCUAGCAAAGCAGCAAGGUUCAAUACUCCGCCGCCAUGGGUCGUAUGCACAGUCGAGGUAAGGGUAUUUCUGCAUCUGCUUUGCCGUACAAGAGGACUCCACCCAGUUGGUUGAAGAUCUCUUCUCAGGAUGUUGAGGAGAACAUCUGCAAGUUUGCAAAGAAAGGUUUGACACCGUCCCAAAUUGGUGUCAUUUUUCGUGAUUCUCAUGGUAUUGCUCAGGUGAAAAGUGUCACUGGCAGCAAAAUUUUACGGAUACUGAAGGCGCAUGGUCUUGCUCCUGAAAUUCCUGAAGAUCUUUAUCAUCUGAUUAAGAAGGCAGUUGCCAUUCGUAAACAUCUUGAGAGGAACAGAAAAGACAAGGAUUCCAAGUUUCGUUUGAUCCUUGUGGAGAGCAGGAUCCACCGCCUUGCCCGCUAUUACAAGAAGACAAAGAAGCUGCCACCCGUGUGGAAGUAUGAGUCUACCACCGCCAGCACUCUCGUGGCUUGAUCGACAUUCAUCUUGAUAACCAGGGCUAAAGUCUUUCUGUGUUAAUUGUUAUCAAUGCUUUUUUAAGGACUUGUUCACUUUGAUAUGAGGCUGAGUUACUUAGGGAAGCAACAAUAUAAUCUUUCUAUUGUGAGAGACUAAUUUAUAUUUGUCACAUUUCUUUUGAUCAUCCUAGAGAAAUUUUCAUAUGAAAUAUUUUGUUCUGCUUUGUUUAUACAAAAGCCUAUAGUGAGGCUGGAACUAACCCUACUUGUUUUGAAUUUCACAUCUUCUUGAAUGAGUUGGACGGUUGAUCAAAAAGGUUUAAGAAAUUCAAAUUGCAAUU